AUGGAGCUCGAAAGAGCCAUGCUGGUCUUGCCAGCUGAGGCCUUUCAAGUGAACCUGCGUAAUCACAAACGGCUCUGCGAUCGCAAGGCGGAGCAGCUGCGAACGCUUCUCAGCCAGCUUGGUGACGCUGGUGACAGUGCCACUGUGGCGAGCGUCCUUGAAGAGCUUUCAAAAGAAAUUGACGAGUUCCGUACUGCAUUGGAGAGCUGGGAUCGAAAAGACCAGGAGCAGAUCAGUAACUUGAGGCAGCGUUUGAGGAUUUUGCUGACGGAGGCUGGCCUCGAUACCCAAAUGCUUGACUUGGCGCAAGAGAGCGCCCAAACCCCGGCGUUUGCGAGAUACCAGGUCACGGAUUCUGAUGCAAAAGAUACAACCGAGCGUGCUAGGGAGCCGGCGAUGGACAGCGGACAAUGCGACCUGAGCCAAAGGGAGGUAUCCACGGACGCCACCCAGCAUCGCCUGCUUCGUUUCCUGGUCGAUUUCAUGCUCAGACAGGGGUAUCUCGAAACUGCGCGACGCGCUAUUGAGCGCUGGGGACUGGCACCCUUUGUUGACAUGGGCGUAUUUGAAGCCAUAGUUCCAGUGGUGGUUGGGCUGCGAGCGAAUCGCGCUACCGAGGCGCUUCAGUACUGUGCGGAAAAUCGCCGUCGCUUGUCUCGACUGGGCUCCAGUCUAGAGCUGAACCUCAGAGUUCAAGAGUUUAUAGAACUAUGUCGGGCACGUGAGGUGAAUGCGGCAGUGCUCUAUGCUCGGAAACAUUUCAAUGGACUCCUUGCGAGCAAGCCUGACGCUGACGCCGAUCCACGCGCGCUGGAGGAGUACGCUCUGGUGAAACGAUGCGUCACGCUGCUGGCAUAUCCGCCGGAAACAUCAUGCGAACCCUACAGGCGGCUCUAUGAUCCGAAACGGUGGGAUACUCUGAUCGAAAAGUUCCUAUCCACCCAUUUUGAAUUGAAUAUGCUACCAUCCGUGCCGUUGCUCGAUCUGCUCAUUGAGCCGGGCCUCGCCGCCCUGAAGACCCGCAAGUGCAAGCCGUACACCUUGGAAACGAACCCUGCGACACGUGCAGGGAGAGCGAGCCAAGGCCCAACGUCAAUAGAGGGCCCCGUCGGGCAUGCGCGACACCAAGAAGUCAGCAUGUCGACAGGCGACGCUGAGCGAGGCCAGCUCGCUUCCUCGGCUUUCGACGAGCAUGUCAGUGCGCUGGGCGAUCGCGCUCGACUGUGUCCGACCUGCGCUUAUCCCUUUAACGCGCUUGCCAAGGACCUCCCAUACAGCUCGCAUACGCACUCCAUUCUGCUAUGCCGCGUUACCGGAAAACUGAUGGAUGAGCAUAAUCCGCCAAUUGUCUUACCAAACGGCAACGUGUACAGUGCCGAAGCUGUGGACCUGCUUACCGAACAACGACCUGAUGGACGCUUUGUGCGCGACCCUGCAACGGGUCACGAGUUUAGUCGCGAUAUAUGCCGCAAGGUCUUUAUUAUGUGA